AUGGCCUCAUCACAACAAGCCGAGAUCCGCCAUCUCCUCCCCGAAGGAUCACCCCACCGCAUCUCCAUGGACGGAACCCUCACCGCCGACGAGCCCAUGGGAAAACUUCUCUUCACUUUCCCCCUCUCAACGUACUUCCGCCCCUGGGUCCUGGGGUGGAGCAUUGUAGCUGCCGCUUUUAUGAUGGCCGACGCCGACAAAAGCUGCGUGGUUUUCAUCGUCUUCACCUGGCUACUGUUCGGCUGGACCAUCAUCGCGACAGCCUCACACUGCCUUCGUCCCGGAAAUAGCCAUCGCAAGGGAUUUAGACUCGACUUUGGUGCUUUUGUGUGCAUCUGCUUUGGGAGCAGCGAGAGUGGCGAUGGAGACAAUCCGGGACACUCGAGGCGUCGUUGGGGCCAACCGCUUGUUGACCUAGCCUGGGCGGUGACAUUUUUUGUGUUGGCGCCCGUAGUGCUGCGUUCACACAUGUUGUUUUACUGGGGCAACCGGGAUACCAUCAUCGUCUCCUUGUUCAUCAUUGCCGUCUCGCAGCUUGUAAUUGCCAUCAUUGGCUUCAUUCCAGCGCUUCAACGCCUCCGGUUGCAUCUCUACAAGGAGGAGAGCGAUGACGAGGGCCACUAUAAGAUCCGGUUGCCCCAGGAGCCAGUCCUUGGCAAGCAAGCGCCAAUGCCCGUGUUUCCCUGA